AUGAAGUACAUUGCUCUGCUGAGUGGAGGCAAAGACAGUUGCUACAACCUCCUGCACUGCCAGAAAAAUGGCCACGAACUUGUGGCAUCUGCAUCGCUUGGGCCAGAAGCAGGAAAAGAGGAACUUGACUCUUACAUGUACCAAACGGUCGGCCAAGAUGCGAUAGAGCUUGUAGCGCGUGCUCUAGACGUUCCUCUCUACCGCAGGGUCAUAUCUGGCGAGGCGAUUGAGCAAGGAUCGGAAUAUGGGGCCCGAACCGCGAACUCUGGAGUCUCUGGCGACGAAACGGAAGAUCUCUAUGCUUUACUUUCAACAGUCAAAUCCUAUCAUCCCGAUGUACAAGGCGUCUCUGUUGGAGCAAUCCUUUCCAACUACCAACGCGUUCGCGUGGAACAUGUUUGUCGCCGUUUAAACUUGACCCCACUGUGCUAUCUCUGGCAACGGGACCAAGGCCAAUUAAUGUCGGAAAUGAUUGCAGCCGGCAUGAAAUCCAUACUAAUCAAAGUUGCCGGUAUUGGGCUUACGGUUAGCCAUUUGGGACACACCCUCGCACAGAUGGAGCCGACGUUGAUAAAACUGCAUAACCUCUAUGGCGCUCAUAUCUGCGGAGAAGGUGGCGAAUACGAAACGCUGACCUUGGAUUGCCCGCUAUUCAAACAAAAAAUCGUCCUCCACGAAGUUGAGACUGUCAUCCAUUCCGAUAACGACUUUGCAACUGUUGCGUUUCUUCGAGUCAAGAAGGCCGCCCUCCAGGACAAAGAAGCUCCUUCUGGCGCCGAUUUUGAUGUCCCAGAGUUACUCGAUGAAGAUACUGCAGUAAUCGAAGUCGACAUCCCACACGUCGUAGAUGCUUCCGCCACCAUCGAUGCUAACAACCACAAGCACAUUGUUCGUCAUGCAGGAACUCAGAGCAGAGAGAUCAAUGGAUGGGUGUCAGUGGGUAAUGUGGUUGCAACUACAGAGGAGGAGAUUUCCGUAGAACAGGAAGUUAGGGAGUGCUUCCAAAUUUUAAGAGACGAACUUGCGCGACAUUCACUGGAGCUUCUCGACUGCACUAACAUCAACAUAUUCCUCUCUUCGAUGGAUAUUUUUGCCACUAUGAACGCAAUAUAUGGGUCGUUUUUCGGAACCAGUCCGCCUGCUCGUGCUUGUGUUGCCAUUUGUCUUCCUCGGCCUCAUAAAGUCAUGCUUGAAUGUAUUGCGCACUCGCGUUCUGCUGAGCGACACGCCCUUCACGUGCAAAGUCUCAGCUACUGGGCGCCUGCCAAUAUUGGACCAUACUCACAGGCUAUCUUGACAGACGAACGAGUGUUUGUUUCAGGCCAGAUAGGCUUGAUCCCAAGUAGUCUGACGCUUCCGUCUCCACAAUCUCUUCCGCUAGAAGCAGCCCUUGCUGGGCAACACGCCAAUCGGGUGGUGCGUGCUCUUAGCACGAACACAGGAAGCUGGACCGGGCAAACACAACUGGCUUUAUACUGGCUCACGAGCCCGAGUCAUCUUUUCGCUGUGCGGGAGCCUCUCGCGUCUAUUGAUGUUUCCCCGACGCUUUUUGUCGUUGUGCAAAGUCUCCCUAAAGGCGCCGUCGUCGAGAAGCAGAUUCUCCUGCAUACCGGACGUGUCCCAAUCAUAGACGAAGACGGAGAAACUGUUAUAGAAACCCGAGAAUCAGACUUCACACAGGGCGCUGAAGGCCCGUUCGCCUUCGAAACAUCAACCAUUGCGGAUGUUAGUGCAGGAUGCACUCUCAUUUUCGGUCGCGACGCAGUCAGCGACGAGGACAUCAGUCGACUUCGCGCGCGGGGUGCGAUUGCUCAUACUUGGACGGGGGCUCUAAGCGUGCGGAUAUUUUAUGUCCCGUCUGAGAAAACUAAUGUCCAAACCAUUUACCAAAGCUUGUUUGAGGCGUUUAGGCCGCCGGUGUCAUUUGUUCCUUGUGCGGUGGUCUCGAGUAGGGAUUCAGAAUGGGAUUACGCGUUGUGUAUCAUCAUGGUGUGA